GUCUGGAGUUAGGCGCUUUUAUUAUGACAAAAGUUAGAAAUGGUUAGAAAUCUCUCUUGUAAUUUCUCAUUGCUAUAAAAUGCAUGUUCGAAAUAAUAUCUGACAGAAAAAUAAAAUUACAUAUAUCGGCGUUUUUAAUUAGUUUUAAAUUAGAUAAAAAUUAAUUUCACGUUGAAAUGGAAGAAACGAGUAAACUUACACGGAACGAUGUCGACAUAUCAGCACCUUCUGUUCCUUUAACUGAAUCACCCAGGAAAUGCAACUUGUCAUUUUCAAUUAACUUUGACUUCAACGAUGUUAAUAGCGAAAACUCGACCGAUUCCGAAAAUGCAGAUCUACAAAUCGAUAUAUCCGAGGUGGAUAAUUAUGAGCCAUCCAGUAAGCACAAGAGAGAGGCUGUCGAAGAAGCAUCAGUACUUAAUGAAAUGGAAGAAGAGAUUGAGAGACAACUCGAUGCUAAAGCUGCCAAAACUAACUUAACUGCCACUAACGUUAAAAAUAUAUUGAAACAUGUAAUUCCUUAUGAACAUUUAAUGACAAUGGUACAAAAAUGGCUUCAAGACACAGAAAAUGAUGUUAACAUUGGUCCUAAACUCACAAGAGCUAAAGCUAAAAAAUUAGCAGCUGCAAAAGUCAGUAUACCAUGGCCUAUUACUACGGCACAACAGACUUCUUCGGAAGUGCAAGCUUUGAUUCAGGAGGAACUAUCAGAAGAUUCAUCUGAUGAAGAAUAUAAUCCUGAACAUGAUAAACAGAGUGACGAUGAUAGGGAAAUAGAAAAUAUAAUAAACAGUGAUAUAGAGUCACAGCUGUUGAUGUCAUCAAAUAAUAAGAAUUUGACUUCUUCUGAACAACAAACAUCACCACAAAUACAAUAUGAUUCUGAAGGAAUUUUUAAAAUACCAGUUGUUCCUCCUGUUUCGAUGGAAGAAGAAAGUAUUGGUCAAAGAACACGUUCCAAAUUUUCUUUGAGUGAAACUUCUUUGGAGGAAAUAGAACAAGCAUUUAUACCACCUGAUAUAACUGCUGAUAUGACUGAGGAUUGGGAUUGUGAACUUGAUGAAGAUUGGGAUAAUUUUUUGAAAGAAUUUACGCAACCUUUGACACAAGAACUAGCUGUAGAGGAUGAUCCAGAAGCAGAUCCAGAAUAUAACAUCUUGGAGGAUGAAGAAACAGAUUUAUUGGAUAAAGAAGAACUUAGGACAGAUAGAGCAGUAGAAGUUCCUCGUAAGGAACAAUAUGAUUUAAUUGCAGAAUUACUUGAAUUAACUCCAAUGUUUUCAACACAAGAACAAGAAGUGUCAAAAAAGAAGAAAGUUUUAGAUAAUAUAACACCACCAAUUGAAAAUAGCACUAUGAAUUGCUCUGUGGCACAUCUUUUACCAGUAGUUACGGAACCUGAAUUGCCAAAAUUGAUCAAUCCUGAACAACGUCUUCUAUUAGCCACACAAUUUCAGCAACACGUACAAUUAAUGGCACAAUAUUUUGUUAUGACUUAUAUGCAUCCAGAAUAUCAUUCAUUAGCAAAAAUAUGUAAACAAAACUUAGAUAGUUUGAGGUAUUUAAGUAAUGGUCCAAAUUCUACAUUUAAUGCAAAAAACUUAGAAGAAGCUUUAAAAUUAGUAUCAACUUGGGAAAAUAAAUUUAAUGACUCAGAGUUUCAUGCAGAUUUCAAAAAGAAUAUAACGAAUGAAAUUGCUAAAACUCAAAUAUAUAUUGAAAAUAAAUGGAGAUAUACCGAACAAUUUUUUCCUGAAUUAGAAAAAUUAUUUGUUGAAAGUAAAGCUCUUAUGUACCCACAGCUUCUACCGUCGAUACCUUUCAGAAAUGGUGUUAAACAAAAUACAAAAUCUACAUACUUAAAAUCGGAAGAAACUUUAAUUGCAUUAGGUAUAGAACAAUUCUUACCAUACGUUGCAUCUAUACCAAGGAAAUUUCAUUCAAAAAAAAUGCAGUUGAUUGAUGCAACUCAACUUAUUAGCGAUUACCUGCUACCAUGUAGAGACGCACGAGGAAUGUUUCAUCAUAUUAACAAACGUCGCGCUUCUAAAGAUGAAAAUCCAAUCAAGCAUUAUUUUGAAAAAGGUUGCGCGCCUAAAAUAAUACAUUACAUAAUACUUGAAAAUAAACUUAAAGCUCCAAAAGAUCAACCCAUAGAACUUUUACCUGUAAGGUGGCAAAUGUAUUUUGUAACAAAAAAACAUAGAAAUAAUUCGGUAAAAAAUAAAGAUAUAUUUGAUUCGUAUCAUAAUUUUAAUAAAGAAGACACUAACAUGAAUACAAUAAUAAAAUCAUAUCCUAGUAUUCCUAAAAAUCAUCUAUUACGAAAUCCAAUUGUAAAUAUGUUACCAAAAAUAUUACCUGCAACUUUAAAUCCAAAAGCUUCAGCUAAGAUUGAUAAUUCUACUACACAAAGUUUUAAACUCGAUAGCAGCGAUAAAAAAAUAUCCGAUAAUAAUACACAAAAUAUAGAAAUUCAUAAAAAGAAAACAGUAUAUAAAACGCAUACAAAUAUUUGCUCUUUAAAAGCAAAUACUUCAGAUGUAAAACUAACACAAACAGAUAAAUCAGAUGUAAAUAAUACAAAAUUAAAUAUUAUAUUACCUAGAAAUUUAAAAAUAUCCAAAGAAAAAGAAUCACAACAAAUAUCAUUAGGAUCACCACAAAUACGAAAAACCACACCACGAUUAGCAAAAACACGAAGUGCUCAAAAUAUGAAAUUGAUGGCACAAGCUUUAGGCUCAAAGAAUUCGUCUAAUUGCACUUUAAAAUCUAAAGAAAAAGAUAUUAUAGAUAAAAAUAUUGAUGAGCAUUGUAGUUCAUCAAAAGUUGAUAACGAAGAAGAAAUAGCAGAAUUAAUGCUAGCCAGUACUACGAUAAUAAAAGAUCCUAUAAGUAGAAAAAAAGCUAAGCAAACUAGAGAAUUGGAAAUUAUCAAAAGAUUAUUAAAAGCUGAGAACCCGUUGAAUGAAGAAGAACGUGAAGCAAAAUUUGCAGCGUCGUAUCUUCAGAAAUUGCACUUAACAUUGGAAUCUAAUAAUCCAGAAACAUUUAAGGCUGUGAUAAAGUUAUAUUUGGAUUACAGUGAAAAGUUAGAAAGUAUUAAUCGUAUAGAUGUUAAUCCAUCAUUUUCCGAAGAAUUAACAAAUAAACAGAUAUUACAAGAUACUGCAAUGAAAAAAGACAUAUUAAUUAUUCAAUUAUACCAAGAGAUCUGUAAAAAAUUACAAAAUUAUCCAGAAAUAUGUACAGAUUUUCUGUUAUUUUUAAAACCACAUCAAGCUGCAAUGAUUGGUAAAUCUAUAGAAUAUAUGAUGUUACAAAAGAUGAAUGAUUUCGUUCAUGUUGCACAAAUAUAUUUUGCUAAACAACCAUCACGAAUAGCAAAAAUGAUGCAAGCAAUUACACAACUUUCAUCUGAUCCACAUACAACUUUAGAAAAUGUUCAUACUGUUAUAAGUUCUGUCUUUAAAGGUCAUCCACUCGUUAUGGAUUUAUUCUUGCAAAUUCUCCCUACUGCAAAACCUCCUGAAAGUUUAUUUGCACCUCAUAUGUUUGAAAACAUGACGUGUCCAUUAGGACCUUAUGAUAAAAAUAUGACUUACACUGAAAAUGCAUCAGAACUAUAUGAAAAUAUAGAAUUAUCAACGACAACAUGUCAGGAAGACCCAUAUGGUGGAGAGAAUUGUAAAUGCGAUUGUCACAAUACGGAUGAUGCAAAUUCGAAAAAUAGUUCUGAACAUUGUGUUUCCUGUGGCACACGAUUUCUGAAUGGAAAAAUUUAUCUUCAAACUCUUGAAGGAUUACGACCUGCCAAAAUUACAUUUCCUGGGGAAGAUCGGGAGAAAUUAGAAAAUAUUGCGCGUAUAUCGUUAAAGAUUGCUGAUAAAGCUAUUCCAUCAAUUUCGUCUAAGAAACGACGGAAAUCAUCAAAAAAUGAAUCUAAUCACGAAGAUAUUUCAAGUCAAAAAGAGAAACAAUGCACUACAAGCUCACCGUUAAAAGAUAAUGAAGAUAAUGAAAAGGCAGUAACCAAAUCUAAAAGAAAUGUCAAAUUUACACUCAAAACUGCCAAAAAAAUUUUUAAAAGAAUAAGUACUGAAGAUCAUGUAAUUCCUGAUAAAAGAAUGCGUAUGACUCAAUACAAAAGUAAACGAGAAAAAAAGACUGAAGAAAGUGAUGUUUUAUCAGAACGAAAUGAGUCUGAUAUUGCAAAACAAGAAAAAAUAAAUGAACUUACGGAGAAAACUAACAAUUAUAUACAAUUGUCAAUGCAAGACGAUUCGUUGAACACUGAAUUAAUUACAAAAACACAAAUUUCUCCAAGUACAAGCAAUAGUACUGGUUGUAAUUUGAAUAAUAAAAAUAUAGAGGCAGGAACAAUGGAAACUAAUAUGCAAUCAAAAUCUAAUUUAAUUAACAAUAAACCAUGGACACGUCAAGAAGAUAUGAUAUUGCUGCAAAGUAUAAAAAAGGAAUACUCAGAAAAUUCAUUCCUAUUGAUUAGCAAAAAAUUAGAGAAUCGUACUAUUCAUCAAGUGAAAGAGAGAUGCCAAACUUUGCUUUCUUUAUUGCAGAAAAUGAUGUAAAUAUAUAAAUAUGUAUACAUUUAUUAUAUUUUAAAUCUGUGAUUAAAUAUUUAAGAUUAUUUAAUAAUAAUAAAUGCAAAUAGAAAUGGUUUGUUGUUACUUGUGCUCUUUUUAAUAUUUUUUGUGAAUACAAAAUGAUUUAGUACUUAUAUCCAGGAAUAUCAAAGAAAGAGAGCACGAAAAAUAGAGAAAAAGUAAAGAAAU